AUUUGCAGAUAAGGAAAUCGGUUGUUCCGCUUGCGUUCACUUUAAAAUGCUCGAUUAUGUCGACAAAAUGAUACUUGCGCCCAUGGUGCGUAUCGGAACUCUUCCCAUGCGGCUCCUGGCAUUGCGCUAUGGUGCAGACAUAGUGUAUUGUGAGGAAUUGGUGGAUGUCAAGCUACUUCGGUCAAAACGGAUUGAGAACAACCUGUUGGGAACUGUCGAUUACGUAGAUAUGACCGACGGAACUGUUGUGUUUCGAACAUGCGCGGAAGAGGCUGGAAAGGUUGUGUUGCAAAUCGGCACUUGUUGUGCUGACCGAGCAGCAAAAAUUGUUGAUAAAUUCCAAGGCGACGUAGCUGGGUUUGAUGUUAAUAUGGGCUGCCCCAAGGAAUUUUCGUUGAAGGGCGGAAUGGGAGCCGCAUUGCUAGAUCAUCCGGAUAAGAUUCAAGCGAUUCUCUCAAACAUGAUACGUCAUUCCAAGAUCCCCGUUACCUGCAAAAUCCGAGUGAAGCCCUGUCUGGAGGAAACUAAGAAACUAGUGAAAUUAAUCUCCGCUACCGGUGUGGCCGCAAUCGGUGUUCAUGGACGUACGAAAGAUGAACGUCCGAAGCAUGAAAAUCGUAACGAUUACAUCGCCGCGCUAACUGAAGUGUCUCACGUACCACUUAUUGCGAAUGGAGGAUCGAAGGAGAUAGCAUCAUUUGAGGACAUCUUGAAGUUCAAAGCUUCGACGAAAGCAGCCAGUGUGAUGAUUGCUCGUGCUGCAGAGUGGAACUGUUCGGUGUUUCGUCGUGAAGGGAUGUUGAGUGUUGAUCAAGUGAUACGGGACUACUUGAUGCUAUGUGUGGAUUUUGAUAACCAGUCGAAUAAUUCCAAGUAUGCUGUGCAAAAUAUGCUGGGAAACAUGCAACACACUUCAGUCGAAGGAGUUGCUACAUUGAAGGCACAAACUCUAGAAGAACUCUGUUCGAUUUGGAAGCUUGAGGAGUACUUCAAGUCUGUGCAUGAUGACCGAAUGCUGGAUGCCAUCAAGUUGGGCCCCGGUCCAGAGACAGAUUUGAUUUGGUCUGUUACUGAACCUUGUCGAAAGAAGCUUCGACUGGACGAAACCAAUGAUAAAACGACAGUUGAUGACGUCGUCGAAAUGCCGGUUACCUUCGUGCGAAGGCAUUACGCUGACGAAAACUUGCCGAGGACUCUUCUUUUCACAUUGGCGAGGACGGAGCGAAAACCGCCGCCAAAAUUUGAAACUAAGCAACUGGAAAGGCUUUUCAAAUCGGUGCUGUCUUUUGAUGGAAAGAAAUGGACAUCUCAUCCGGGAGAGAAAAGCCGUCGGUAUGCUGAACAAGCGGCAUCCUUGGUGUACCUCAAGAUGCGUGGAAUGGAGCCGGAAACAAGAGUGAUUCGACAAGCAUCCUGA